AUGUCGAUUCCUCUGUUCUAAGCGAGCAAGUUACAUUUCCUUAUUUUUCUUGUGAAUUACUCAGGUGAAUGCAGGGAAACAGUUAAGAGGUAUCUGAGUAAUGGACAGCCUUCAUAGGAGCUCGAUACCACGCUCAAUUGAUGGAAAUGAUCCUCGAAUACCGAUAGCUUGGAAGAGACGUGAGAUGACAUUUAGCAAUCCUUACGCCAGAAGAGCAUCCUCAUCCUCGGUAACAUCUUCCUCAUCAGAUGACCGGGAAGAAGUACCAAUUGUAAGACAGCCAUACAGACCUCUAAGUCGUCACAGUAAUGUGGAAAAGCACGAAGAUCGUUUCGAGCAUUAUGCUACAUUACGUACUGAUAUGUUAGAGCAAUUGUCUUCAAAUCGUAGUGACAGAAUGGAUUCCCAUAGAAAUGCCAGCUAUUUUCAUGGACCAUAUCGAAGUUCAGGCCCCGGCUCAACUGGAACCUUAAGAUCUACCAGAAGCGUUCCAGCUUUAGCAUUUGCAGCAGCAAUGGAAACGGCAGAGCCCUGUCCCAUACAUGGGGGAGAUCUUGCUCCUUCAUCUAUGAGGCGACAUGGAUCACUAUUCGAUAUUAGAUCUCCUCCAAUUGGUGGUAUGCCAAUGCUUGACAACAAAAGACUGUAUGGUUCAAAGCAUUCACUCGUCGGUUCACCACCACAGCAGUUUACUUUUCAUCCAGAAAUACCACAGUAUUUACCACCUCAUAUGAUGAACCCUAUGAUGAGACAUCACAUGGGCAUGCCUGUGAUCAUGGAACCUCUUUCAUUGCGUGAUCGCGAUCAAUUCAAUAAAAGAAUGGCAUUUCCUCCAAAUGGGCCAAAAGGAUAUCCAACAAAGGAGCCUAUAGACCCAUACAGUGUAGAACAAGUCUGUUGUAAAGGACAUCUAAUUGUUUUAUGGAUUAUUCUAGGUGUUGUAACUGUCGGAGUAAUUCUUGGUAUUAUAAUGGGAGUCACAAUAACGUAAUUGAUGAUAAUAAAUAAUAGUAAAACAAGAACUCAGUGUAGCUCCUUUUACAACAAAUUUUCGAAAUUACAGCUUUUUAAAAAUAAAAAAGCUGCUAAUUAAGGAAAUUUUAAAGGAAUAUGGUGAUUUUAUUCAUUUUUAUCUAAUUUUAACUUAUUCUUCUUGGAAUCUAAACCUUUUAGUUCAAAAAUGAAACUGCAAUGGGAGUAACAAUAACGAAAUUGAUGGUGUUAAACAAUGGUAUAUCAAGAAUGUGUUAGUUGAAAAUGUAUUCAGAACUCAGUAGAACUUCUUUUACGAUGAAUUUUCAAAAUUAUAACUUUUUAAAAUAACCUCUCUUGGAAUCGAAAAAAUCCAAUGAAUGAAAAAUAUUACUGAAGAUUUAAAAUAUUAAUGCCUGUUUGAUUACUGUAAGAAACAGAGAUGAAUAAAAAGAUUAGUCACACACUGAGGGAGCGAACGGGAAGUAGAGGCAUACGAGAGGCGAAUUCCCAUGCGUUUGAAUUAGGAAGCGCAUAACAGUUCUGCGCAAGCUAACAUAAACAUCGAGAAAAUCGGUUUCUUGCCUUCUUCUUUCAACCCCAGUGUACGGCUUACCUUAGAAGCCCAAAAUAUCUCCAGGUAUCAAACUGGUUUUGAUAAUUUUUCCCGUUUGAUUCGAUAGUGUUAUUAUUUCUUCAUACCUUGAAUAGUAGUUUGCAAACUCUGAUGUACAGACUUUUUUUUUCACAAAAAUUUAACAAGACUUAACUCUCUCUAUGUGUAUAUAUACAUACAUACAUACAUAUAU